ACCCCCACCUCCGCUUUAUAUGCGCUGCGCGACGGGAGUGGUUGUGCGCCCCCGAUCAGGGCGGGGGCGCGGAUCAGGGUCGGACUUGGCCGUUGGGCCAAAUUCGGUGGAGAUCAAACUAACAAGAUCUCCACGAGCCUCUCAGCUCGUUUUUUCCAGGGGGAUGUUUCCAUCGGGGCCGGGUGAUCUGGCCGCCGCCGGCCACGCCCAGGUGCACGCCAUGGCCACGAUUGCGCCGCCGCCGCUGCUUGGCGUCAGCGCUCCCGCCGCGAACGGGUUUGGCAGGCCACCGCCGGUCGCCGCAUGGCCGAUCUUUGAGGGUUCCGCGGCGGCGCCCAGCAGCAAUACAGAUCAUUCCACCGCGCCAUUGACGAUAAUCUACGCUGGCUCUGUGCGCGCAUUUGACAGUGUGCCGAUGGAACAGGCUGAGAAGAUUCUGUAUCUGACUGCAAAAGAGGCUCAAGCUGCAGAAACCCCGGCCUUCCAACAGCCAGAACCAGCUGCUGCACUCCCAAUCCCAAGUAGUAGUGCAGCGCAGAUAAUGACGCUCUUGCGUUUGGCUAAUGCCAAUGAUAGUCUUCUACCGAAGAGGGCGGCGUCCCUUGUCCGCUUCCUGCAUAAACGCAAGCAAAGAUUGUCUCGUGCUGAAUCCGUAUCGGGAAACUGUUGCACUUUGAUUUUGCUUCUUGCAGGGUGGAGAGUGCAGCAGCAAUGCCUUACCCUUGCGGAGAGGUACUGCCAGUGCCUGCUCAAAUGGACCCUUCCACUGCGGUUUACGCACGAGACAAAGCCCCGUCUGGGGACAUAGAACAGCCAUGGGGGACCUCCGAAGAUGGGGCAAAGAGCAUGAAAGAAAAUCAUGGAGAGGCCGAGGAGGCAGUGAACACUAACCUGAAGCUAUAGCUGGUCUGAAAUCAUCGGCUUCUGCACAUUCUUGAGUUCGUGGAUUCAGGCAUCAGAACCCAUUCCGCUUUGUCAUCUUCACAAUAAAAAUACACAUGGGUGUGCCCUUUAGGAUCUAUCUCAUAAUAUGGUGUAGUAGGAUCAGCUAACCUGUUGUACCUUCAGAAUGACUGCUAAUUGCAUAUCUUAGUGUGGCGAGGGUGCUGUCUAACUGUUAACAAUUCUUUGAUCUUAUUUGUUCAUGCUGGGAAUAGUGUAAAAUUCUUUUUAGCU